AUGAAGCUCAUUGUAGCCGGUGCCACCGGUCUCGUGGGUACGGAGAUCGUCAGGCAAUGCUUGCAGAGGAGCGAGAUCACCCAGAUCAUCGCCUUGGCCCGGAAACCAGUGGAACUGCAUGACGAGGACCCAACAUUCAAGCUGAAGAGCGUUGUGGUUCGUGACUAUGGUGAAUACCCAGAUCAUGUCAGGGCCGAGUUCGAGGGUGCUGAUGCUUGCAUAUGGUACUUAACAAUUAUCCUUCCACAGUCUUCCAUAGAAAGACUGGACAAGCCACGGAGAAUACUAAUGAGUCUGUCUUUUAGGAUUGUCGUAGUAAUACUAUUUAGGACCGGGAAUUUUGACUUCGCGGAGGUCAAGCGCGUGUGCCAAGAUUGCACCCUUGCGGGGUUCAAGGCCAUAUAUGAUUCUCGGCGUACAAAGCCAUUCCAUUUCCUGUACUUCAGUGCCGAUGGGACACCUAGGGACCCUGCUAAGAAGCCUGCCGUCCUUGGUGACUACCAAGUCAUGCGCUGUGAGACGGAGUUAAUGGUUCUCAAAUUCCCCGAAGAGUACCCCAAUAUCGACAUUUGCAUUGCUCAGCCGGGGGUGAUUGUCAACUCUACCACACUGUCAAGAGCUAUGGUGGCCGCAGUGUUCCGUGUCAUCAACACCUUCACGCGUGCAAUUCCAAACAUCCACCGCGAAGAGCUUUCUGCGGCAGUUCUGGAUCUCAUUGUGACAGGAUUCGACAAGGAUAGAGUAGGAAAUAGUGAGCUUGUGGAUCGUGGACAGAAGGCGUUGAAGACGACAAAGGGCAGAUCACAGACUUGA